GGAGGGGCAGAGGGAGGAGGGGGUGGGGACCCCAGGCAGCAGGGCUCUGGGAGCAGUGGGGCCCUGGAUUCCAGGGGUGUCCGGCAGGCCCUUCCUUACUCUACCUCUCUCGGCCUCUGGAUGGAGGUGCUGGCCUCGGUCAGGCUCUGCCUCUGACUAAGGGCUGGAGAAGUGGCGGGCGUGGGCUGCUGCCCCGUGGGGCCUCUGAACAGACCCCAGGGCCUCUGCCAAUCAUGACUCCUUGCUUUCAGCUGGACCCACAGGCCCUGCAGGACAGAGACUGGCAGCGCACCAUCAUCGCCAUGAAUGGGAUUGAAGUAAAGCUCUCAGUCAAGUUCAACAGCAGGGAGUUCAGCUUGAAGAGGAUGCCGUCCCGAAAACAGACAGGGGUCUUCGGAGUCAAGAUUGCUGUGGUCACCAAGAGAGAGAGGUCCAAGGUGCCCUACAUCAUGCGCCAGUGCGUGGAGGAGAUCGAGCGCCGAGGCAUGGAGGAGGUGGGCCUCUACCGCAUGUCCGGAGUGGUCGUGGACAUCCAGGCACUGAAGGCAGCCUUCGACGUCAAUAACAAGGACGUGUCGGUGAUGAUGAGCGAGAUGGACGUGAACACCAUCGCAGGCACGCUGAAGCUGCACUUCCGUGAGCUGCCCGAGCCCCUCUUCACUGACGAGUUCUACCCCAACUUCGCGGAGGGCAUCACUCUUUCAGACCCGGUUGCAAAGAAGAGCUGCAUGCUCAACCUGCUGCUAUCCCUGCCGGGGGCCAACCUGCUCACCUUCCUUUUCCUUCUAGACCACCUGGAAAGGGUGGCAGAGAAGGAGGCAGUCAAUAAGAUGUCCCUGCACAACCUCGCCACUGUCUUUGGCCCCAAGCUGCUCCAGCCUUCCGAGAAGGAGAGCAAGCUCCCUGCCAAUCCAAGCCAGCCUAUCACAAUGACUGACAGCUGGUCCUUGGAGGUCAUGUCCCAGGUCCAGGUGCUGCUGUACUUCCUGUGGCUGGAGGCCAUCCCUGCCCUGGACAGCAAGAGACAGAGUAUCCUGUUCUCCACCAAUGUCUAA